CAAAAUUCAGAAGCGAAACAAAAGAACCUCCUUUUCGCUGCGGCUUCCAAUCUCCGUGACUCCGUCUUUUCCGAGGUGCUAACCUGGAGCAGCGCAUAUUCUUAAUUUUAUAUUUAUUUUCAGUUGGAUUUUAUCCUUCAAUUAUUGUUCCUUUGGCCGCAAGCUUGUUUCUAUUUCAAACAAGAAAAUCAACUUCCUUUUCGAAGAAUCAACCCUUGGUGCUGUUGGAAACUUGCUCAGAAUUGAUUGAGCUGCAUGCAAGAAGUAUGGAAAGAAAGUGAACUUAUUUAAGUAUGUAUAGGUGGCACGAGUGCAGACGCCUUUUCUGGCGGGUUACGCUUUCGGCGGAAAUAGAGACUGUGUGAAAAAGACUCGCUUUGAGGCGUGAUUCUUUGUUCAGCUUGAGGUAACUUUUGAUUAGUAAGAGGGACUUGUUAGAUUAAAUUGCAAAAUUCAGGAAGGAAUAUGUGAGAAUAAUCUCUUAUGGGAGCGAGUGCAUAGAGUUUCGCAGUUAUUCAUCAUUUAUAAUUGAGCAGAAGUUGAACUUUGUAAAAUCCAGUUUGGCUUAUGCUCUCAAGGGUGCAAAAUUACUUAUAGCUUCCAUUGUAUUUCUGGGAUGGUCCCGUUUGUAAGAAGGGAUUGAGCAUUCUCUUUUUUGGAAAAUUUGGAAACUUGAAUUGAUCGUAAUCCGACUUUCGGAUUUUUGAGCCUGCGAGCCUGAGGUGGGAUUUUAAUUACUAGUGAUGGAUGAAGCUCAGGGCAGUUCGAGCACCCUGCCUCCUUUCCUGACCAAGACUUAUGAGAUGGUGGACGAUCCUUCCACAGAUUCGAUUGUUUCGUGGAGUGCCACUAACAAAAGUUUCAUAGUAUGGAAUCCGCCAGAAUUUGCAAGUGAGUUGCUACCAAGAUUCUUUAAGCACAAUAACUUCUCUAGUUUCAUCAGACAGCUGAACACAUAUGGUUUUAGAAAAGUUGAUCCAGAACAAUGGGAAUUUGCAAAUGAUGAUUUCAUAAGAGGUCAACAGCAUCUUUUGAAGAAUAUACACAGACGAAAGCCAGUUCAUAGCCAUUCUUUACAGAAUAUCCAAGGACAAGGAGCUUCUCCAUUGACAGAACCAGAAAGACAGAGUUUAAGAGGCAAAAUAGAGAGGCUGAAACAUGAAAACGAACAACUUUGUCUAGAGUUAGAGAGACAUGAACAGGAGUGGCGAGUAAAUGAAAUUAAAAUAGGAUGCUCAAAGGAGAGAUUGGAAAAGUUGGAAAGGAAAAAACAAAAGAUGGUCUCUUCUGUUUCUCAAGCGUUGCAGAAACCUGAAAUUGCCUCAAAUCUCUUGCAAUUGUCAGAAACCCUAUAUAGAAAACGAAGGUUGCCAAAAAGUGGUCACUUUUGUGAUGAAGGUGUAAUUGAAGAUGCUAUAGAGUCUUCCUCAGUGAUACCUAGAGAUAAUGCAGAUAUAGCUUCUGUUUUGUCAUCAAAUGUGGAGCGACUGGAACAGCUGGAAUCAUUGCUGUUAUUUUGGGAGAACAUUGCUCAUGAUUUUGGGGAUUCCUUUGUUCAUAGCCACUCAAAUAUGGAUCUUGAUGAAUCUACAAGUUGUGUUGAUAGUCCUGCUCUCUCUUGUAUGCAACUUGAUAACGAACUUCACCCUAUAUCAUCUGGAAUUGACAUGAACUGUGAACCAGCUGGAGCUACUGUUUCUGAUCCUAGUUCAUCAAAAGAAAAACCUGUGGGAACAACCACUGUAGCUGCUGGCGUCAAUGAUGUAUUCUGGGAACAGUUCUUGACGGAGAAUCCUGGUUCUUCAGAAAGACAGGAAGUACAGUCAGAGCGAAAGGAUCCUGAUAGCAGAAAGAAUGAAGGAAAACCUAGUGACAGAAGUAAACUUUGGUGGAACAAUGUAAAUAGACUUUCAGAACAGAUGGGGCAUCUUAGCCAAACAGAAAAAACUUAACAGUGGAUCUUUAUUCCAUCCAGCAUGUGAUGCCCUGCAUAUCACUUGUAAUAAUUUAGGUAUAAACUGUUUUCUCAGCAAUAAUUUCUAACUCCCCAUCUUAAGUUGGAUGUUGUGUCCUCCAAUGUUUGAGUGAUUUAUAGUAUGAGUAGUCUAUUUUUUGUUCUAA